CCUCUCCUGAAGCUCGAUUCAUGGGGAAAAGCAGGAAAUGUGACAUCGUCCCCCCCACCCCCACGCUUCUAUAAAAGUUUAGCCCCUGGUCUACCAGCGGCUCUGGGCCAAGGGAGGCUGACGCGGGCAGAGAGGGGAGGAGAGAAGAACAGGAAAGAAGGUCUGCAGACAGACAGGAAAAUCCAUUAGCGUGCGUAAAAAGAGACAGCCGAAGCGGGGGGGGGGGAGAAGAGUGGUCUUUAUUUUUGCUCCUCUCAUGACACGGCAGGCAAAGUCAUGGCUGUAAACAAUACAAACUACUUCAUGGAAAUUGUUCAGUCUGUUGAUGCUGUCCCCCUGAUCAUAGCGUUCAGCGUUUCCGUAGCAGUGGGCCUGGUUUUGGGGGCCCUGGUGUACGUGUUCCUGACCUGGUUGUCCCGGCGCAGAGCAGGCUCUGCCCGCAUCACCAGCAGCCCCCCACCUCGCCAAUCUCGCACCUCCCCUCGAAACCACCCGAACUUCUGUCGCAACGGCAGCAGCAACAACCACGACCGGCGGAGCAACAACAGCCUGAUCAGCGCCGCUUUCACUUUCCACCGUCAGACCUCCACCCCGGAUCCCCUCGACCCGUUGGGUCACAAGUCAAGCUUCAGGGCGUCCACUUUCCACCCACUCCUCCACUGUAGCCAGAUAGCCAGGGAAGCGGAGGAAGGGAGCCAGGGGUCGCUGCCCCGUACGCCCAUGUUGACGACCACCACCGGGUCAGCCCACGCGACCGCCACCACACCCAGACCCCAAUCGUUUUGGGGGGACAGCAUAAGGGGUUUCCAGGCUACGCAAACCCCUCCUCCUGCUUAUGAAAGCGUUAUUAGGGCCUUUCAGGAGACGCAUACCUAGAACGAGAAAACCUGACAGCUUUGUGAAGCUCUGGAAACGAUUUGUAUGACCACAAACGGUGGAAGGGACCAUUCAAGUGAAACUGUUUUUAACUUUUAAACUAAGUUUAUUGCUUCACAAAAGAUAUAUAUAUGCAUUUGACCUUCAGAAAUGUGGAAAAUGCUGCUCAUGUGUAAAAAUGCUGGUCAUAGCAAAGUCACUAACGAGCUCAUAUAAUAUGUAUACAAACAUGUCGUCCACCAUAAGUUUAUGGUCUUGGUAUUUAAUAAACAGUUUUGCCAAUUUUGAA